CGCUCCGACGUCAACUAGUGUUCGUACGGCGCAAUGUAAUGUAUUUAGCAUGGUGGUAACACAAUUGCAAAAUAAUAAUAAACUAUUAAACGCAGGAAUCCAAUCUGGACCUAUUUGACCUUGGACAUUUUUUUACAAAUACGGGCAGAGCGUGUCGAUUGGGAACUAUUUUUUCGUAUUUUUAACUCGAGUUGUGGAGUUUUUUUGUGUUUGUAUGUUUGACAACCGUGUUACGGGCUGGUGUGAAUUUUCGACGCUGGCAAUGGGGGCUGCUACUAAGCUUGCGUUGGCAGUGUUUCUCAUCUCCUGUUCUUCAGGUGCUAUACUUGGGAGGUCAGAGACUGAUACUCAGGAGUGCAUAUUCUACAAUGCAAACUGGGAGAAAGAUAAAACCAAUCGCAGUGGCAUUGAAUCGUGUUAUGAUGAAAAAGAUAAACGAGAACAUUGUUUUUCUACUUGGAAGAAUAUAUCUGGUUCGAUUGAAAUAGUUAAACAAGGCUGUUGGCUUGAUGAUGUCAAUUGCUAUGACAGGAGUGACUGUGUAGAAAAGAAGGAUAGCCCUGAAAUAUUCUUCUGCUGUUGUGAAGGCAACAAAUGCAAUGAAAAGUUUUUCUACUAUCCGGAAAUGGAAGCUACACAGCCAACUUCUAAUCCUGUGUCACCCAAGACAUCGUUGUUUAACACCUUGCUUUACUCAUUGGUGCCUAUCAUGGGAAUUGCAGUGAUUGUGCUGUUUUCCUUUUGGAUGUACAGACAUCAUAAACUGGCAUAUCCACCAGUCCUUAUCCCAACUCAGGAUCCUGGACCGCCACCUCCUUCUCCAAUGUUAGGUCUAAAACCUCUACAGUUGCUUGAGAUCAAGGCUAGAGGCCGUUUUGGUUGUGUUUGGAAAGCUCAGUUGUUGAAUGAAUAUGUGGCAGUCAAGAUAUUCCCCAUUCAGGACAGGCAAUCAUGGCAGAAUGAAUAUGAAAUCUACAGUCUACCUGGAAUGAAACAUGAUAAUAUCCUGCUUUUCUGUGGUGCAGAAAAAAGAGGCACUAACAUGGAUGUGGAACUGUGGUUAAUAACAUCCUAUCAUGAGAAGGGCUCGCUUACUGAUUAUCUCAAGGCUAAUGUUGUUAACUGGAGUGAAUUAUGCCACAUUGCAGAAACAAUGGCCAGAGGACUGGCUUAUCUUCAUGAGGAUAUACCAGGACUAAAAGAUGGGCAUAAGCCUGCUAUAGCUCACAGGGACAUCAAAAGUAAAAAUGUUCUGCUGAAAAAUGAUCUCACAGCUUGUAUCGCAGAUUUUGGACUUGCUUUAAAAUUUGAAGCUGGAAAAUCCUCAGGUGACACCCAUGGUCAGGUUGGCACAAGAAGAUAUAUGGCCCCAGAAGUACUGGAAGGUGCAAUAAACUUUCAACGCGAUGCAUUUUUGAGAAUCGACAUGUAUGCUGUAGGACUGGUAUUGUGGGAACUUGCAUCCCGAUGCACAGCUGCAGAUGGUCCUGUAGAUGAAUACAUGUUGCCAUUUGAAGAGGAAGUUGGACAACACCCUUCCCUUGAAGACAUGCAAGACAUUGUAGUACAUAAGAAAAUGAGACCAGUUUUGAGGGAGUGUUGGCAGAAACACUUAGGAUUGGCAGCUCUUUGUGAAACUAUUGAAGAAUGCUGGGACCAUGAUGCAGAAGCCAGGUUGUCAGCUGGCUGUGUAGAAGAACGAAUUAUUCAGAUGCAAAGACUUACAAACAUCAUAACCACAGAGGACAUUGUGACAGUUGUCACAAUGGUAACAAAUGUAGACUUUCCUCCCAAAGAAUCCAGUCUAUGAUGAUUGUGUUGGUCAAAAGAACUGCCCUCUGGGACUCUGUAAUAGAGCUGCUGUUAAACUAAUGAGACUGAUGGCAUUUAUCAGCUCAGCAUUUUAUUAGUCCGACAUUGUGAAUCCUGUGCUGCUUUGAAAAGAGAGAGAGAAAAGGAAUCACAGUAACAAACAAAAAGUUGUGACAUUAGCAGUCCACAUUUGAAAUAUGGACAUCAUACUGAUUUUUUUUAUUCUUAACAUGGAUCGCUGAUACUUGGCUCAUUACACAGUAUACUUGAACAACUCUUGUGGAUUUAAAGUAGAAGACAGACGUCAAGUAUAAAGAUGACUGUGGAGACAGUUAUGGAUUCUUGCUUGGCUACCAAGUUGGGAAAAAUGAAAUCAGAUUUUUUGAUAAUCUGAAGACUUAAUUCCUCAGAUGAACUAUUUUUUUUAAUCAAAAUCAUUUCAUUCUGAGUCAAAAAAGAGCAACUGUUUUUGUUGCAGUGCUAUUUUGUGUUUAUAUGAAUCACUGUUGUAAUGCCAUUAUGACACAGCUUGUGAAUGUUUAAUGUGCUGCUGUUGUAUGUAUAUCUACAUGUAUAAUCAAGAUGAGAAAUAGCAAAAAAAAAUCUUCCAAAUUAUGUUCUACAGUACUUGAAUCCUGCAGUGCAGGCAGUAUCCUGGAGUAAAAUUCAUUACUACAAGCUCAGAAACAGAAGAGUAGUAAUGUCAGAUAAAGUCUGGGAAGAUGCGAAUGUGUUCACUUCUGUCAAAACCUCUGCAGCAGAAAUCAAAACUUUGUAUUGUCACGCUUGGUGCUCUAAGGCUUUUUCUUUUUUCUUCCUUUUCAUUUUCUCAUUUUUUUUCUUUAUCAAGCCUUUAGUCUUGCUUUUGGUUGAUACUGCUUCUCAUAGCAGUAAUUAACACUUCAGUGCUCUUCUUAAAAGUUAUUUGAUUAGUACACUUUUUUGCAGUUCCCUAGUAGUUAACUGUGUCUUAACAGCAGUUGAUUGUUUUAAUCUAGCCUCAAGCCUGGUUGAAAUGUUAUUGGAAGAGUUUACACUACAUCAUUGUCAGUUUUAUGUCAUGCAGCACUCCCCCACUCACCCACCCAUCAUGUAAUGUACUAGAUAAACGCAUUGGAGAGAGGUGAUUUUAUCCUCCAGCUGUGCACACUGUUUUAGUAAGAAGAAAAGAUAUGGAGUGCAGCACUUGAUUUCUUCAGCAUUUUCCAUCAGUUCUUCCACUGCUGAAUCAUUAUCUUUGAGUGAUGAAAAGAAAGUGGAAAUUAACAUUAAUUAAAGCAUUUUCAUUCCACCUACAAGAAAAGUGUAAGCUGUGUGCAGAAUUUUCAUAAAUGAACAGUAAUUGAUGACAUGCACAAGGAUAGGAUCUGAUCUGGCAAACCCAUGUAAAAAGACUUUAGCUGUAAAGGGCCAGCAAACAUCUCAUCCAUAUCAGUUGAUUUGACUAGAAGUCUUUGUGCAUGUAUGUUGACCAUUUUUCCAAUACUGAAGAGUCAUAAUGCGACAUGUCUGUUCUGGAAGGUGCUACUGGCCAGAAACAGUUUUCUUGAGAACUCUUUUUUUCUCUCUCAAGGAAAAAGUGCUGCUUUCUUGAGGGUAUUUGUUUUAACUUGUUUUAAAUCACAGUGCUUCAUUUCCAUGUAUACAUUUUGGGCCAGUCAACUGUGUAACCAUUAAAGUGUUCAAACUUGUAUUUUGCUUAUGGCGUAUAUAUAAAGCAGAUGCCAAAUGUAUGCCAUAAUCUGCCAUAUGGUAUAGUGAUGUAGUGGUCAGCAAGUUAAAGUAAAACUUUGUUCUAGUGUGUUGUGAACAGAAUGAAUGAACAUGCUUUCAUUGCUCAGUUCAGUCAUACUCCUACAUGUUAACAUGAUGGAUACCCUUAUGGAAUGCCUUAGAAGUAUGCCUUUAGACUGAGACUGAAAAUUCAACACUGUCUGACUUUAUAAAGUCAUUUUUGCUUCCCCUUCAGAGCUUCUUGGGGCUGUGGCUCAUGAAAAUUGGUUGUGUGUGCAGAUAUUUCACAUCAUUAAUUCAAUUCUCUUGACAUAUUUUAGGGAAAUUUUGAAAAGGAUUCAGGUGGUUUGUCUGCAAAUUAUAUUUCAACCUAGGCAAACUUGUAUCCUCUUUUUCUGGCACAGGAUUUUUGAGCUUAGUAAUUCAGGUUUCUUUAAAAGCUGUGUCACAUAUAUUGUAAAUAGAUUAUACUGUACUUCAAUAUUUUUCUUUUACAUAAUUUAUUAGAUGUCCGAAUUGCUUCCUGUUUGAUGUUGCAUUGCAAACAUGGUCUGAUAAAAUUUUUUAGCAAAUUUCAAAACGCAUUAAACUCUGAUUAAGAAUAAAUUCCUUCAGUAACUUAAGAGGUUGUGCCACUUAACUAUGAUGUAUUUUUCUUGGCAUAGCAGCAGUACUGUAAAGCAUGUCAUUUAGUUUGACUAGGUCUCCCUUAGCAUUGAAAAGCAGUUGUGUUUUUGAGACCUUAACUGGUUAACAAGAGCAAAGUAAAGUGAAUGUGAAUGACACAUCAUUUUUCCAUGGUUGGUAACAAAUGUAGUAAUCUAACAUCUGAAAUAAGCCAUUAUUCAUAUUUUUUAGUUUCCAUUUAGCUUGGUACACUGAUCUUGACAUUUUUUGCACCACUUCAAAAAUAUGAUCCUUAGUUAAGUACUAGCAUCCCUUCUGCCACUAAGCUAUUAGUUAUUGUCCAUCUUUCAUUUAACAUGUAAUUUCAUUGUGGACAAAAACGUCAAGCCCUGUUUUGAUGUCAGUGGUGUAUUAUUGUGUUGUCCCUCUUUCAUCUGAAGUGCAGUUUCACUGUGGACGUAAAAAAAAAUAUAUCCAGUUCCAUUUUGAUAUCCUGGCUCUUUCUAGCCUGGCUGUUAUAUUUAGGCUUAGAAGUCCCUUAAGGAAGCAAUUUUGGAAAGUGUAUUAUCAAACUCUGACCUGCUUGCUUGCCAAGAUUGUGACUGUUUCUUCAGAUUGCUUUUUGUAAACAAGACACCUUUCAGGUUAAGCAUGCAGUAAGUUUUAUAAUCUACUAUUUUCACAUUACGGUGAGGUGGUGACUAUUCAAUUGAAUGCUCUUUGAAGAAUCUGAAACUUCAUUUGCUGAAAAAUUAUACAAGACAUUGAAGCAGUAGGAAAUGAUCGACUAGUAAAUGCACUUUAUUGGAAUUGCAUUUAGAAGCCAUGAAUGUUUGGUUUGGUCUGUUUAAAAUUCGACCAUACCAUUCCUUUCUAAACAUCCCCUCCGCAGUUGUCAUAAUUAGAGAUAAAACAAAGCUACGGUUUGUUAGCUAAGAUGCAUGCUGAAGAUUUUUAAGAGCAUAGUUUUUUGAAUAUCAUAAUGCUGUAUGCACUUACUAUGACUCUGUAUUUAUCUUUGAGCAUAGUUGUGUGUCAAGUGUUUACCGAUGAAAUAAAUCGCAUAUUCUCCAGUUAUAGAGUAUAGACACAUUCUCAGUGAGUGGACUCCAUCCACAUGGUUCCCACGUGCAGUGCUACCUCUUCAUACCUACUUUUGCAGCUGUAGCUGUUGAGGACGGGUUUCUGUUGUCUGCACCACCACUAAAUCUGUGGAUUGUUAACUUGUUUUCUGUUAUAUUUGUUAGUUAUUUCUCUGUAAUGUCUAUUUUGCUACUCUUUAGUAUGUUGUAAUGCUGUCCUUUGACUAUCAGACUAAUUCAAACAUCAAAAAGAUAUUUGUUGUUAAAUAUGCUCUCUCCCACAAAUAUUGUUCACUAGUGUGGUAGCCUAUUGCUGUUGUCUUCACUAUGAUGUCUCAUUUUUUCUUUAGUAAUUGGAAGUGUAGGUUGUAUAAGAAAGAAUGUACCUAUAGUAAGUAGGUACCCUCCACUUCUGUUUUUGAACUGAAGGUACAUGGAUACUUAUUACAGAAUGUCACAUGAAUUGCUGGAUAACAGGCUUUUUAGGGGGUGGGAUUUGUCCUGCAAGAAACUUUAUUGUUUAAAUAACCUCCCAAAAACAAGGUAUACCUCAGUUCUAUGUUCAGCAAACUACAAGAUUGAUAACACUAAAUCUAAAUAACUUCAUCUGCAUUUUAUAAUUUUGUAGUACAAAUUGUACUAUAUUUAAAAUUGUUAAGCUGUGUUUCAUGCCAAGAGAAACUGCCCACUGAAAGCAUUGUUCUUGCUUUUUGCUUCUGAGCUGUUUUUAUAAAAAGUGGCCCUGUUCUUUUGAGUUUUUUGUAUAAAAAAGAAAAAGAAAAAAAAUAUCCUGUUGCUUUUAUAUUUCCACCCAGACGUAUUAUAUAGUGUUGCCUAAAACACAUUUUUAAAGUUUGCUGUGUCUCUGAAAUAUUUGGGAAAUAUAUGCAUGCCCUUUUUAUCCAUCAUGAGCUGUAAGACCAGCGUUGUCAGAGUUCUUGAGUGUAACGUUUAAGAGCUAUUUCCCAGUUACUCUGUGUAGUUGAAUUUUGUCUGGUGUACCUCCUUGUAAUAUUUAUUAAUUUGUCUGCUUUGUAUAACUGUUAAAUCACCUCAGGAAGCUCUAUUACCCACACUCCCUCUCUCUGCUUUGAGCCACAGUAAUUUCAGUACACUACAUUUGGCACGAUCACUUGUGCUGUAUAAGCUAUAUACUCACACACAGACAGAAUAUGUCAGUUUCAUUCUUGCAUUGCUGAUAUCCGUUUUUCUUCACAAAUUUCAGGGGUACACAGUCAUGCUAAUUAAAGUAAUAUGCAAUUGUUAGCUAUUGGCAAGAUGUUAACAUUUAUAUUGUAACAUUUGAGUACAGGUAUUGCUUGAUUCCAGAAUUAUUGUAAAAGCUGCUGUCGUUAGUUUUUUAGAAGCCCAUAUAACGUAACGUUCACAGUGAAGUUAAAGUAACGAGAACUGAUACUAAUACAGAAGCUUAGUGUACUUUUUUUUUCUUUUAAACAGUGCCAUCUCUGUCCCCAUACAACUUAAUUUGAAAGGUUAGCUGUAUAAUAUCUGACUACCAUGCUUACUUAAAAUGUGCUUUCAGUGUUAUGGUUCAUGUACAGUAUGACUGGGAAGUAUAAUGUCAUAUAAUGGCCAUAUUUUCUUAUUUCUCCUGUAAUCAUACCUUGCACCUUUAACUUUCAGUCUACCUUCAUCAUCUUUAGGUUUUAUAGAUUAGAUUAGUACUAGGCUAGCUGCCCUUGUGGGCUAUUUUAAGUCUAGACAAUUACCCUAUGUCAGAAUCAAACCCUGUACCUUGUGUCUCUAAGGAAAACACCUUAGCCAUUAUGCCAACCCAUCCUUACAGGAGUCUGUCUCAGUCGGUACAUACUCAAUGAAAAUGAAUUCCACAGUUUUGCUGCUUUAAGAAACUUGCAGAUUACAGUUACUAUUCAUUCAGAAGUAGGCAUUUAAUUAUUAUCUCAGUUUUAUUUAGGGUUUGCACAACUAAUAGUGGCCUCAUUUAGAUGGCAUACCUGUUUUCCAAGAUAAAAGAUGUUACAGCAGAAUGACUGUGAUUCAUACUUUUCAUUGUGUGCCACAUGAUUUAACUUGCAUGUAAAUUUGCUUAAAAACUAUGUACGAACGCAUUUUCCUAGGCUGUUUGCGAACUGCUGGUGCAUUGGCGGUAGUAGUAGUAGUAGUUUCUAAAGUCUGUAGGAUGUUCUGGCAAAUGUUCUCUCUUUAUUCUGGGUCAGACUAUGCCCUCAGAGUGGAUUGGCUCCAUGCACUAAAAACAACACUGGUUUUAUCUUUCUAAGUGCAGCGGCAGACACAAACAGCAUCAGUCUUGGUUCCAGAUCAAUGGGAAAAAUGGCAGAUUUGUGUAUGUGGCAAUACACACACACACACACACACACACAUAUAUAUAUAUAUAUAUAUAUAUAUAUAUAUAUAUAUAUAUAUAUAGAUGGGGGGGGCUUUUUAAUUUUGGGAAUAUUGAGUUAUUUUUGUUCAUAGCACUUUUUUAACCUAAAAUCUCUUAAGAGAUCCAUCCUUGAUGGUCACAUUUUUAAGUUUUUAUUAAAGUCAUUUAUUAGAGUGCAGUCAAAAUGUUUUGAAUUGUUUAAACUUAUCCCCAUGUGGCAGUUUUCCGUAACAGUUUUUUCAUACUGUACAUUUUUCACUGGGGUACAAAGUAAACAUUUGACAGAAAGAAAAAGAAAACACUGUAAUCUUUCAUUAAUAUUCAUGAUCUACAGUCAUUUCAUAGCUGUCAGUACAACUAGGUCCUAUACAUCAACACUUUGUCUUUUCUGCAUUAACCUCACUGCUGUAUGGAAUUUCAAGCUUCACAAAUCACAAUCUCUCUGUAAUUAUUUUUUAUAUUUAAAUGUUGUAACUCAUUCUAGACAUGCCUAUUAUGUAGUAUCUGCUACAGAUAUUUUUACAAUAUACUUUUACACUCUGUCUUUUACAAUUUACUCAUCUCAUUGUCUUUUACAAUUUACUCAUCUCAGAUGUAAUUUGUAGUAAUGUACUUAAUGUACUUGUUUGAACAUUAUUGUAGUUCAUUUGCACAGCCCCUACGACAGGUCUUUUUUAGUCAGAUUACUCAUAUGAGUGUCUGUCCACAAGUUAAACAUGUCUGAAUGAACCCGGUAGUGUAUCAGCACAAAAAAGUGCACAUGCUUAGGAUUUAAAGUGCUGAAUCGGUAGCCAGUAUUAUGAUGUAUAUUUUGCCAGUUGUAUGUGUAGUUUAUUUGCAUUUGUGAAUAGAGUUUGAGGGACAUUCUUAGUCUUGAUCUCACUGUGAAUAUUUUAUGCAUUGCAUAAACAGUUAUUUAUAAAACACAGUACACUAAUUACAUAUAUAUUCAUUGCUGCAUUCUUUGGGAACAGAUUAAUAAGUGUACAAACAUCCAGGUGUCACUAGACUCUUAGCAGGGAGUGGAAGAAUGGUAUAUGCAAUUAUGUUCUUGUACACUAUCUUAGGAUAUUGUCCGUUCCGCACAUUUACUUUCUCAUAUAACUAAAAAGUUUCAGUGUAGCCAUAAUAAUGCCCACAUUGCUGGUUACUGGUACCUUUGGAUGAAAUUUGUUUCAUUGUUUUCCACAAAAUUAAAUCAGCUACGUCACUUCUGUUUUACAAUUUGAAAUUAUUCUCAUUUGGCUUAGUUUUGGGAUAUAAAACAGAUGCAGUUGACUUUAUUUUAAUCCUAUAAAAAGUAUAACUUGAGGAUAUGAAACAGACUAAACAAUUCUUUUUACUUCUUUUUAAUCCUAAAUAAAGUAUAUGAUUUUGUUUCCGGAUGCUUUGAUUUAUCCUACAGAAUGAACAGUACAUAUUUUACUUCUUACCUUUGACAUUUAAAUGUGUCGCUACCUUUAUUUUGGUGAAAUUUGCAGGUUAUGACACAUGAACUUAAGCCACUAAAGUCUGCACAUUAUACUUAUUUGGCUUUGUAUGUAGGUCGUUAGUAUGCCAGUUGAGAGCACCCUGUUAGUAAGGUCCCUUGACUAUUUACAACUAAGGCAGUCUUAUCCUUGCUUCUCGAAAGAUGACGCAUGCCUGAGUUCCAGUCUUAGAAUGUUGAGGAUCGUAGGGAAUAUUUUAAUACAAUCACAUUUUUUUAUAUGACCACAUUUAUUCUGUUGUCUGUGUUAUACAGAUUGUCAAGAUGUAUCUUGUAUCUUUUCUCGAGUAGAAUUAUCUAUUUAUUAAUAUAUUCGCUCAGUUGCAACAAAAAAAUAACUAAUAGUUAUGAACAAAAGGUCUUGUUUGUUGACUUAGAGAAUCUUGAGUUGUUUGUAAUCCAUAUUUAUUUGAAGUAAAUAUCACAAGUAUAGUUAAUGUAAUUAGCCAGUUGCAGACACCAUCUAUAUAAGGGUAUAUAGAGUUCUCCUGAAGUCAAGGUUGUACAUUGGCUAGCUUCACAUGUUGGUGCUACUAUCAGCAUGUCAGAAUAUCUGAACGAAGAUUUUGCAUAAUAUGUAUAUAUCACCCCGCCCCUCCCCUUCCAAAGAUGGACUUUUUAACCAUGAUUUUACCAGCACUUUUAAUUAGACAUGCUCUAAUGUGUUAUAGAAAUGAAUUUUUAUAGUAGAGUUUAAGCCUAACUGGAAGGCAUUUUCCACCUAAUCUGGAAGAAUGUGGCAUGUACAAAUGCUUGCAGUUUCUGAUAGCCUCAAAUUAUAUGGUAAAACCCAUUUAAGUAUGUAACAGAUUAAAGCCAUUAUGAAGUUAAACUCUAUAAAACUGUUGAGAAUGCAUGUCUUGGACAAACUUGUACAUUUAAAAUAAGUCCACAGUAGUGAUAACAUGCAGUUUUUUUCCAAAAGAUUUAUGUGAGUUAAAGGAAUAUGCAGAAUUUUUAUUUCAUUUUUUUAAGCAAAUGUUACAAAUGGCAUCCAUAACUAAACACCGUUUUACCUCAAGUUAAACCAGCAGUGUGUCUUUUUAUGCAGUUUCAUUUCUUGUAUAUAUUACCUCUCAGUAUGCCAGUAAGCAAUUAUUUUAGCUUUAUUUUGUGUUUCACAUCAAUACUUUGUGCAUCUGGGACACACGUUGCUAUACUACUGUUAAAGGUGUACUUGCCAUUUUUCUGCAAGUAUUUAAUGCUAUACUGGCCUGGAUGAAAGUAAUUGUUAAAUAUUGUACAUAUGAAAAUGUAUGCUGUUUCCUCUGAAAUAAAGUGACUGCUAUGUACAA